AUGACAAAUCGUUAUUCAGCUUGCAAACAAGAAACGCUUACAAUUUGUGAGAAAUGUCAACAAAGAAGCGGUGUAUUUUUUCCAAUAGAUCGUUUGCAUGGAAAGGGUUCAAAAAUCCUAAUUCCAUCAGCGCCGGGUAAUUUGCCGCAAUCUGGGCCGGUAACGGCACCUACUGGCGCUCGGGCCGGCUGCACAACCAAACGUGACCCUAAACGCGACGUGGCCCACUUCAACGAACUUCGACGACAGAUAUUGGACGCUUUUGAAGGGAAAAUCGAAACUGUAUAUUGA